ACAAUUUCAGAGUUCUUUUGACCGCGUCCAUCAUGGCAUCUUCAGACGAAUUAAUGGUUUCUUCCCUAAUUUACGAUUAUUUACUCAAGAAAGACAUUGGACUUGCUAAAGUUUUUCAGAAGAAAACAAGUGCGGUUCCACUACCGAAAGGGUCUCCACGAAUAAUUGAUGUUGUGCAACAUUUUCAAAAAAAUUCACCAAAAAAGAUCAGUAUAAAAAGUAAUGGAAAAACGGCAAAAUCAGAUUCAAGUUCAGAUAGUGAAAAUGAGCCUGAAAAGAAACCUCAAGUGAAUGGAAAAGCUCCUAAACCACAAAAUAACAAAACACCUGAUUCGUCAUCAUCGGAUUCGAGUUCAGAUGAAGAGGAAACACCUAAACCAAGAAUUCAUCAACCAGUGUCGAAACCAGUAAAAAAUACUUCGACACCAGCAAAACCAACACUCACGCCUGCGAAAGUUCCAGCCAAGGCUGCUCCGAAGAACGAAUCAAGUUCAGAAGAUAGCUCUGACGAUGAAGAUGAAAAACCACAAGCAAAAUCUACUCCAAUACCAGCAAAAUCAACUCCCACACCUGCAAAAGCUCCGGCUAAGACUGCUCCGAAGAAAGAAUCCAGUUCAGAAGAUAGCUCUGACGAUGAAGAUGAAAAGCCAAAAGCAAAAUCUACUCCAAUACCAGCAAAAUCAACUCCCACACCUGCAAAAGCUCCGGCUAAGACUGCUCCCAAGAAAGAAUCUAGUUCAGAAGAUAGCUCUGACGAUGAAGAUGAAAAGCCAAAAGCAAAAUCUGCUCCAACACCAGCAAAACCAACUCCUACGCCUGCUAAAACUCCCGCAAAGAAACAGUCAAGCUCUGAAGAAAGUUCAUCUGAAGAUGAAAAACCGAAAAAUAAACCAGCGGCAGUCGUGAAAACUAAACCAGUAGUUGCAGCAAAGAAAGCUGAAUCUUCAAGUGAUUCUGAAUCAGAUUCUGAUGACAAUGAAUCAAAGACAAAAGCCGUAGUUCCAAAAGCAACUCCUGCACAAAAACAAGUGAAAAAGGAGUCCAGUUCUGAUGAUGAUAGCAGUGAAGAUGAAGACGUACCUGUCAAAAAUGUACCGAAAAAGCCUAUUACGCCGGUUGCACCGCAAACGAAUAAGAAAAAAGAAGAGUCUAGUGAUUCAGAUGAUUCAUCAGAAGAUGAAAAACCAACUCCUAAGCCAGCACCAAGUAAAGUAGCACUCGUGAAAACUCCAGCUAAAAAAGAGUCAUCAUCAAGUGAAGAUAGUAGUGAUGAAGAACCACCAACAAAGAAAAUAGCCGCUACUCCUGUUGUACAAAAGAAACCUGCUGGAAAGCCGGCGAAAGCACCUAGCAGUAGUGAAGAUAGUAGUAGUGAAGAAGAGGCACCUAAAAAGGCUGCUCCGAUGAAAGCUACACCAGCUAAACCUCCAGCGAAAGCGGCUAAAUCAUCGAGUGAAGACUCAGAUGACUCUGAAGAAGAAACUAAGGCCAAACCUGUUCCAAAAACUGCAGCAAAACAGCCAGCCAAACAACCGGCUAAAUCUUCAAGUGAAGACUCAGAUAGUUCUGAAGAAGAGAAACCGAAAAGUAAACAAAUAGCAAAACCUCCAGUAAAACCUCCAUUAGCAGCUAAAAAAUCAUCUAGUGAAGAUUCAGAUGAUUCGGAGGAAGAACCACCAAAACAACUCAUUGUAAAAAAACCGACUAAACCAACUAAGGCGAAAAAAUCGUCAAGUGAAGAGUCAUCUUCUGAUGAAGAAGAAGCUCAAAAACCAGCUCCUAAAACACCCGUUACGAAAACACCAGCUAAAAAAGAAAAAUCUAGUUCAGAAGAAGACUCGGAUGAAGAAAAAGAGCCAGAAGUGAACGUUAAAGUAACUGGUAAAGCUGAAAAAAGAAAACAUGAAGCAAUGGAUGGUAACAACAAGAAAAAUAAGAAAAAUGAUGUAGAAACGCCAGCAAAGAAUCGUAAGACAGAAAACUACAAUAAUUUCGUCAAAGCCAGUAAUGAUAACAAUGAUCAGUCUCGGAAAAAGACACCUUUUCGACGAGUACGUGAAGAAGAAGUUUCCUUAUUGAGUCCUAAAUUGGCUGAUAAUUCAUUUGAAGCGAAGAAAGGUGCAAGAGGCUCAUGGGGAGAAAAAGCAAACUUAGACUUGAAAUUCACCCGAGGCAAAUCUUUUCGCCAUGAAAAAACGAAAAAGAAACGCGGUAGUUAUCGUGGAGGUCAGAUUGACAUGUCAGUCAAUUCUAUUAAAUUUGAAGAUUAAUUGUUUAAAUAUUUAUUAAUUAAUUAUAAUAAAUAAUUAAUCAAUGAAAAUGACUGCCGACGGUAUUUUAUAUCAUUCACUUUACUUGACUCAAUAGUAAAUCUAUUUUUUCUUUAGCAUCUAUAUGUAAGUGUUAUUGUCUUUGAUAAUGUUUAAAUGAAGCAUUAAUUAUUCAUUUAUUGAAUAUCAAAUAUUUAUAAUCUAUAAUAUAAAUUCGAUGAACUUAAAUAUGUUUUAUUACAUAUAGAUAUUUGCUAGCAGUUAAUUAGGUAUUUUAUACAUAUUUAAAG